GGUGCAACGCGGCCUUCUACUUGACCUCGAUGCGGCAGAACGUACGCCCUUCCGAGUGCCACGACCACUACUGCGACGCCAACAGGGUCUGCGGAGAGGCCUGUGCAGAGAUCGAUAUCCAGGAGGCCAACCAGUACGCGUGGCACUCCACGCUCCACACCGCGACGGACGCCGACGGGGUCAGCGGCGGAUACGGAGGCGGCGGGGACAGCUGGAGCGGGCCUCGGGACUGGGCCGCCGACAAGUACGGCCCAGGCGGCAAGUGCAUCGACACGAGCAAGCCUUUCCAGGUCGAGGCCGCUUUUCCCGUGGACUCCAACGGAUCGCUACUCGGCAUGAAGGUGACCCUCUCGCAGGAGGGCCAGCCCUGCAGCCUCUCCCGGGAGCUGGCCGAGUACGACGGGCUCGCGGAGCUGUCCAGCGCCCUCGGCGCCGGCAUGACGCCCGUGCUGAGCUACUGGAGCGACGACGACAUGCUCUGGAUGGACGGCAAGGGCAGCGAUGGCGAGGGCGCUUGCGAGGAGGACUCGGCAUCCAUGUGCGCGGACUACGUGCGUUUCUACGACUUUGCCUUCGAGAGCCUGGACAGCACGAGCGGCCCCGCGCAAGUCCGAGGGAUGCUCGGCAGCGGCGACGGCGAGGACCUGCUGGUGCAGGCCAGGGCCAGCGACGUGCCCCCGCGCCUGGCGGCGGGCGACGGCGUGCUGCUGAGCGCCGGCGACGCGGAGACGCGGGCCGAGGUCCUGAGCAUCACGCGCUCCGCCCCGCACCUCCCUGCGGGGACUGGCGUCAUCAAGGAGCACGCGUGGCGGGCCCCUCUCCUGCGCGGCCACCCAGGACAGCUCCCGCGCCCCGCCGCGCUGGCCCUCGCGUCGCUUCUCGCCCUGGCCGCCGCGGCCGCGGCCGCGGCGUGGCCGCGGGCCCUGCGGCGGCUCGGCGGCGGCGCCUCCGCGGAGCCGGCGCGGCCGCUGGUGCUCUACGAGCGCCUGGAGCCGGAGCCGUCGCCCGCCGGGGGCGCCCAGGCGCCAGAGCCGUGAGUGGAUGAGGCCCGGCUUGCUUGUAGAGAGGCUGCGGGGAGCCUCUGCAGGAGGACUCGGCCUCGAGCUGCGCGGACGACGUGUGCGUUUCAGCGAUCUGCGCCCUUCGAGAACCCGGGCGGCGCAAGCGGCCCCGCGCAGGUUCGAGGGGUGCUCGGCAGCAGCGACGGCGAGGGUCGUAAGCGGCCAACCAUGUAGGUUCACCUGGCUCCCCCCCUCCUCAGGGGUAAAGGCUGCUCACGACGGAGAUCGUUCAAGCCUGAACGGUUCGGGUGGUGUGAGAAGCCAAGGCCCACGUCGUCAAGGCAGGAGCCUGCCGUACUCUGUCUUGCGCGCAGUGCGUCGGUGCAGCGGAUGGUCGGCGCAUUGCGUCGGUGCAGCCAGGUUAGGUCUGGACGUACACAACGUCCCCCUCAGGUUGUUUCUCCGAUGCGCGUGGCCUAGAAUUUGUUGCCAAUUACUGCGAGCUUGAGUGUUUAGUCUCGCUCGCAAACCGAAUUCGUGAGUUUCGAGGACGGCACGGCGAAUGUGUAAGUAGGGGAUGUGCCGUUGUCAGCUGUGCCUCUAUUGCAUGGUGCAUGGUGCAUGGAUGCACAAUUUGUAGUGCUCUCGAUUUCUGAGGCUCGUUUGAUCGCUCGCUUCGACGGCGCAACAAUACAUCAAAG